AGCCCCGGCCUGCAUCAUGGGGUCGCUGCUGCUGGGCUUCUGCAACUGGAGCACGCUGGCCGUGUGCGCGGCGCUCAAGCUGCCGCAGAUCUCGGCGGUGCUGGCGGCGCGCAGCUCGCGGGGCAUCAGCCUGCCGAGUUUGCUGCUGGAGCUGGCGGGAUUCCUGGUGUUUCUCCGGUACCAGUGUUACUACCAGUACCCACUGCUAACCUACCUGGAGUACCCUAUUCUCAUUAUACAAGACCUCGUUCUCCUGCUUUGUGUUUUCCAUUUCAAUGGGAAUGUGAAGCGGGCAGCACCAUACAUCAUCCUAUUUGUGGUGUCUUGGUUCGCCCUCACUCUGCAGAAAUGGAUCAUAGAUAUGGCCAUGAAUUUAUGUACUUUCAUCAGUGCAGCAAGUAAGUUUGCUCAGCUCCAGUACCUGUGGAAGACAGGGGACUCAGGAGCUGUGAGUGCUCUGACCUGGAUCCUUGCUUCCUACACAUGUGCAACAAGAAUAAUAACAACUUUACUGACCACCAAUGAUCUUACAAUUCUUAUACGCUUCGUGGUCAUACUAGCGUUAAAUAUAUGGGUAACAGUUACAGUGCUGCGCUACCGGAAGACAGUGACAAAGGCUGAAUGAAUAAUGAAAGCUAUAUGCCUGGCACAAAAUGGAUUUGGAUUAACUAAUUCAAAGGGGUGGGGAAGAAGCUAGUUGCUAAAUCAAGGUCUUUUUAAGCUUUUGUCAAGUGAUUAAGAAAUUUUGAAAGUCAAAGGUAUUUUAAAAUCAAGCCACUGAAACAUUUCUAAACAUGUCUAUUUCCUGGAUCUGGUGAGAUAACUCAGUGGGCACUGUGUGGUCCCUUGAACACAAAGGAAGAAUAGACUCCAGGUACUGCUGCCUAUGGACAGCCUCUCCACCCCCCUGCCAGAACGAAAAAAAAUUUUUUUUCUUCCUACUUUAUUUUUAGGUUAAGGUAGAGAUUUGACAUCUGCAGGUUUUAGGAGACUGGUGAUGACAAAUGAUCCAAGAAGUCCAUUUUGGGGUUGUUUUGACCUUUAUUUAUUUAU